AUGGCUCGUAUCCAGAUUCCCAUUGACGCCCUGACGUCGCGCCUGAACCUUGGAGACCGGUUCUCCGGCUUCACUUCUGGUCCCUUGACCGGACGAUUCUCCAACUUGCGACCCGUCUCCGAGUUCCUCGACUUCAAGCGAUUCUCCAAGCCGGCCAACUUCAGUGAGAUGCAGUCGCGCGUCAACUACAACCUCAGCCACUUCUCCAGCAACUACGCCGUCGUCUUUUGCAUGCUGAGCCUGUACGCUCUCCUCACCAACUGGCUCUUGCUCUUCGACAUCAUCCUCGUUGUUGUCGGCAUGUGGUUCAUCGGACGCCUGGACGGCCGCGAUCUCGAAAUUGGCACUUUCCGCGCCACGUCUUCGCAGCUGUACACGGGUCUGCUCAUCGUCGCCGUUCCCCUGGGUCUGAUUGCCUCGCCAUUCUCGACCCUGCUCUGGCUGAUUGGUGCUACUGGCGUGACCAUUCUCGGUCACGCUUCACUUCUGGACAAGCCCAUCGAUGAGGCUUUUUCAGGGGAGGCGGUCUAG